CCGUCGGAGGUUUACGCCUGCUCACCCCUUCCCGUACCUGCGGCGGCGGCUCCCCUCCCGGCCUCCCGGCGACUUGAGCUCCCUCGGUGAAGUCCCCGUGGAUCUUGCUAAUUCGGCAACAAGCAGGGCCUCCAUGGAAGUGGAAGAAGCGGGAGGCCAACUGGAGAACGCCGGCAAGGACGAGGCGGAGGCGGAGUACCAUUCACACGACUUCGAGUGGGAGGACCUCAAGGCGGAGGUGGAAUCCGACCCUGCCUUCUCCUACCACCUCUCCCCAUUUCGCGUCCCUGCCGCAAGCACUACCUCGCAGCCGCAGCCUUCGUCGGAGGCCUGGAGAAGUUUCCACCGUCGCCACGCGUCCGGCAAGUUCUUCAAGGAAAGGAGAUAUUUGCUUAAGGAAUUUCCUGAACUGCCUAACAGUAAAGAUUAUUCCAAGAUUUUAGAAGUGGGAUGUGGGAAUGGAAGCACCGCUGUUUCCCUACUACGGUCUAGUGAAAGCAUUACUGUCUUUGCUUGUGACUGUAGUAAAGACACUCUCGAGAAGGCAAAUGAGAUAAUAUCCAAUACAAAAGGGAUUGAUAUCAAGGAUAGGUUCCAGCCCUUUCUAAUGGAUGUUUCUAAAGAAACUUUUCCAGAUUGGCUAUGCUGCAUUGCCUGUAAAAGUUCACAUGAUGCAAGUCAUCAUAAAAUGAGAAAAGAGCACCCAGGCUUCCUGAGAGAGAAUCAAUGUUGUGUCGGCGGCAUGGAUUUUAUCACCAUGAUAUUCACAUUAUCAGCCAUACCCUUCGCCAUAAUGCCAAGUACUAUAGAGCAGUGUGUUUCUGUUCUGAAACCAGGUGGCCUCCUUCUGUUUAGGGAUUAUGGUCUUUAUGACAUGACAAUGCUUCGGUUCUUACCUCAUCAAAGAGUAGGGUUUCGGGAAUAUAUGCGGUCAGAUGGCACCUUGUCAUACUUCUUCACAUUGGACACUGUGAGAGAACUCUUUCAUGCUGCUGGGCUAGUAGAGUUGGAGCUGGAGUACUGCUGUGUCAAGUCAGUGAACCGAAAGAAUGGGAAGAAGAUGCAGCGGGUAUGGGUGCAUGGGAAAUUCCAGAAACCACCAAGCUGACGCCAACUGUGGCGGUAGCAACAUUAGAGAGGCGGUUUUGUCUGGCCACUUUGUUGCUCCAACAAAGCGCGGUGAAGAGUGAACGUUGUGUUCCCACAAACUUCUUCCUCUGCUGUGGAAAUUCAGUGGCCCUGCUUCAACACUAGCCAUUCUAGCCACCGAAUCAGAGUCCCUUUGCACGGACUGCCUGACCGCUCCUCAAUCCCUCUCCAUAGUUGCAUGCUAGCGUUCUCUCGGGUGGUUGGACUUGGAUUUGAUCUGGACCCGUUGCGUUGGAGUAUGCUGCAAGAAUGUCGUUUUGCGGCUUGCGGGAGAAAGCAAAUGAACUCUAGUGAGACAUGCUCAGACUUGAAAGCUCACACUGGAGUCCUUUUCCCGGUUUUGCUUUCAUGUAGGUAUGUAAGGUCAUCAAAUUUUGUUCAGACUGGCUUGAAAGUUUACUUCGUUUUCCUAAACAUGCUUGUAGAUCCAGCGUAAC